GAUUGUGUGUGUGUGGAAUAAAUCUAACAGCAAAAAGAAAAGAAUGGUACGUGAAACGACGGCAUCGCAUCGGACAAAGUCGAAGCAUAGAAAGGGAUUAUGGUCACCGGAUGAAGAUCAAAGGCUGAGAAAUUACAUCCUAAACUAUGGCCAUGGCUGUUGGAGUUCUCUUCCUUCAAAGGCUGGGCUUGAAAGAAAUGGAAAGAGCUGCAGAUUAAGGUGGAUUAAUUAUUUGCGGCCUGGACUUAAAAGAGGAAUGUUUUCCCAACAAGAACAACAGACAAUUCUUUCUCUUCAUCAUAUGCUUGGAAACAAAUGGUCUCAAAUCGCACAACAUUUGCCAGGGAGAACCGACAACGAAGUAAAAAACUUGUGGCAUUCCUACUUGAAGAAGAAACUCGAUAAACAACAACAAAAACAGCCAUCUUAUUCUUCAACUAAUUCAACUACUUCAGACUCUGCAGAUUCCUCAACAACAAAUCCAUCCAUUCACUCUCCUAAACCCAACAAUAACAACUCUCAGCUUCCCAAGCUCUUCUUCGCCGAGUGGCUUACAGUCGGUAGCUCCGACAAUUGUGGAUCAGAGUUUGGUCCCAGCACUAAUAAUUUAAAUGGACAACCCAAUUUCGAGUUUGGGAUGACUUUGGGUUCGGAGCUACUUCAAAAUAAUGGUAUCCUCAUGGAUUCCCAUGUCAAGUUUGAGGAUCAUCAUACUUCAAAUGGCUUUGCCAAUUAUGCUUCUGCUGGGGAUGUAUGUGUUGAACAUCUUCUGCAUUUUGGAAAUGGUUUUAUGAAUAUUUGAAGGAUGAGAGCAAUUGCUAUAUGAUUAUUAUUGCAUAUAUAUAUAUAUAUUUGCUAAGAGAAGUUUUUUCUUUCAUGGGGGAACUCGCACAUGAACCAGCUGGUUAAUUUGUAUGAUAUUUUUCUUUUCACUUGACUCA